GUAUGCUACUGAUAAACCAAGUUCCAAGAAGUCUCUUUGUGCUGAGGAGCUCGUUAAAACUACAAAGCUUUUCCAGGUGUUUGUCCAGUAUGGCGAGUAAGCAUGUAAAGGCAGUCAUCCAUCAUGACAAUAUCAUAAAAUCACCACAGGACAAGCGACAGUAUCGUGGCCUUGAACUCAACAAUGGUCUAAAGGUGAUGAUUAUCAGUGAUCCUGACACAGACAAAUCUGCAGCUGCUAUGGAUAUUAACAUUGGUUCCAUGUCAGAUCCUUGGGAGCUUCCGGGUUUGGCACAUUUCUGUGAACACAUGCUUUUCUUGGGUACCAAAAAGUAUGAACAAGAAAAUGAAUACAACAAGUUUUUGAACGAGAACGGUGGCAGCUCUAAUGCCUAUACUUCUGGAGAGCAUACUAACUUUUACUUUGAUGUGGCUCCUGAUUCCCUGGCUGGAGCUUUGGACAGGUUUGCACAGUUUUUCCUUGGCCCUCUAUUUACACCAUCUGCCACAGAGCGAGAGAUCAAUGCUGUCAACUCAGAAAAUGACAAAAAUCUCCAAAGUGAUCCCUGGCGUCUUCAUCAACUGGACAGAUCGUUAGCAAAACCUGAUCAUGAUUAUAUCAAAUUUGGCACUGGAAACAAAGACAGUCUGGAUACUAUACCAAAGAGCCGAGGUCAAGAUGUUCGUGAAGAACUCCUCAAAUUCCAUUCCAAAUAUUAUUCAUCAAAUAUCAUGGCACUUUCUAUUCUUGGCAAAGAAUCUUUGGAUGCCUUAACGGAUCUUGUAGCCCCCCUAUUAGCUGAUGUGAUAAACAAGAAUGCAAGUGUUCCAGAGUGGACAGAACACCCUUAUGGGCCAGAGCAAUGCAAGACGAUUUGUUAUGCAUUGCCUGUGAAGGAUGUACGGAAUCUUUCUCUGUCUUGGUCAAUUCCCGACCUCCAUCCAUAUUACGCAUCAAAUCCUGGCCAUUAUCUAGGACAUCUGGUUGGCCAUGAGGGGCCUGGCAGUCUAUUGUCUGAACUCAAAGCAAAAGGAUGGGUGAACACUCUUUGUGGCGGUCAGUCUAACGGAGCUAAAGGAUUCAUGUUUUUCAAGGUUGAUGUUGAUUUGACAGAAGAAGGCAUAGAACAUGUGGAUGACAUUGUCACACUGACUUACCAGUAUGUUAAUUUGUUACGGAAGUCUGGGCCACAGGAGUGGAUAUUCAAGGAAUGUCAGGAUCUAAGUGCCAUGACCUUUAGGUUCAAGGACAAGGAAAAACCUAGAAACUAUGUGUCUGGUCUUUCUGGCAGUUUACAUGACUAUCCAGAGACAGAAGCACUAAGUGGACCUUACCUCCUCACAGAAUUCCGUCCAGACCUCAUCAACAUGAUCCUGGAAAAAAUCACACCUGAUAACAUGAGGAUUGGUGUUAUUGGGAAAAAGUUCCAGGAACGGGUCAACCAGAAAGAAAAGUGGUAUGGUACAGAGUACUUGGUUGAAGAAUUAACCGAGGCAAAACUUCAGCAAUGGGCUUCCUGUGGACUGAAUGACAAACUCACACUGCCAGCUAGAAAUGAGUUCAUACCAACAGUCUUUGAUCUGGCACCUCGAGAAGUUGAUCCAAGUCCUCUCCCAGAAAUGGUAAAGGACGGUGCCCUCACGCGGUUGUGGUUUAAACAAGAUGACACCUUCCUUCUUCCAAAAGCCUGCAUCAACUUUGAAAUCAGCAGUCCAUUGGCAUACUCUGAUCCAACCAACUGCAACAUGACCAAUCUGUUUGUAACGCUGUUCAAAGAUGCAUUAAAUGAGUAUGCAUAUGACGCUGAGCUGGCUGGUUUACACUACGACCUCAACUGUACCAUCUACGGCAUGUCUCUGGCUGUGGGAGGCUAUAAUGAAAAACAGGAUGUGCUCCUUCGGAAAAUUAUGGAAAAGUUGACGACGUUUAAAGUUGAUCCAAAACGUUUUGCUAUAUUCAAGGAAAUGUAUGCAAGGUCAAUGCGAAACUUUCAAGCUGAGCAGCCUCACAGACAUGCAAUUUACUACACGAAUAUCCUAAUGUCAGAGGUCAAGUGGACCAAUGAAGAGCUGAUGCAAGCUCUGGAAGAUAUCACUGAUGAGAAGCUACAGGCCUUUAUACCAGAUCUGCUGUCCAAACUCUACCUAGAGGGACUCAUUUAUGGGAACUUUACCAAACAGAAAGCUCUUGAGGUGACAGAAAUGAUUGAAGACAUUCUACAAAAGCAGAGUGGAACUAGGUCACUGCUACCUAGUCAGAAAAAACAUUUCAGAGAGCUACAAAUGCCAGACGGGUGUUACUAUGUGUGUGAGGAGAAAAACCAGGUACACAAGAGUUCUAGUAUAGAGAUUUACUACCAGUGUGGUGUACAACUCACCAAUACCAACAUGCUGUUAGAACUCUUCAUACAGAUCAUCGGUGAACCAUGCUUCGAUAUACUACGUACCAAGGAACAACUAGGAUACAUUGUGUUCAGUGGAAUACGUCGUACCAGCGGUGUUCAGGGCAUGAGAAUCAUCGUACAGUCUGACCGUAAACCACAAUAUGUGGAGAACAGAGUUGAGGCUUUUCUUCAGAGCAUGGAUGCUUAUAUUAAAGACAUGACAGAGGAAAGUUUUCAGAAGCAUGUGACAGCACUGGCUGCCAAACGGCUAGAGAAACCAAAAAAGAUCAGUGGACAACAGUCUCGAUAUUGGGGAGAAAUUGUGUCUCAACAAUUCAACUUUGACAGAGAUGAUAUAGAAGUUGCAUUCCUGAAAGGAAUAAAAAAGAAUGAUGUUUACAGUUUUUACAAGGAUCAUAUAUGUGUUGGGGCUCCUAAGAGACACAAGCUAUCUGUACAUGUGAUGUCAACUGUAGAGGGAGCUGGCACACCAGACAGUCAGACAUCCGACAGCACCCCUGACAGUCUGGCCUCAACACCAGAGCUUCCACAGCCGAUUAUUGUGAGGGACAUAGCAGACUUCAAACGAGACAUGGCCUUGUUUCCUCUACCAAAGCCCUACAUAGACCUUCAGAAAGCCAGGUCAAAGCUCUAGACUGUGAUAUGUAUAGUGUUAUUGUUGUAUUGACAGGGAAUCAAAGGGCCAUACUAGUUCAGUGUAUAUAGAGUUUGAUGUGAUAGAGGUUGGUAUCUAUAGUAUACUAUCUUAUGUCAGAAAUGUUGAGAAUCUUAUGAAUGCUGAAUAUUGUUCAAGAAAGUGGAACAUCUCGUGCCCGGAAUGAUGAAAGAAAAUGUUGAUUGAAUAUAUUGUAUGGGGAAUGUCAAACGUCUCUUUCAAGGAAUGUUUAGCAUCUUUAGAAUUUUGAACUUUCCUUUCAUUCACAAAAUUUAUAACAUCUUGUGUGGGGAAUAAAAAUGUUGACUAUCUAUUUCAUUCAAAGAAUGUUUAGAAUCUAAAAAAUGUUGAACUUUGGUAUGAAUGUUGAACAUCAGAUGAAAAGAAUAAUGACUGAAAAAAGUUGAAUACUUUGUAUGAAGAAUGUCUGACAUUUUAUUAAGGAAUGUUGACAAUCUGAAGAAUGUUGAGCUUUUCUUUUGUUCCCAGAAUGUUGAAAAUCUUGUGUGGGGAAUAGAAUUCUUAGAAUAUUUUGUGUCUGGAAUAUUGGUCAUCUAUCGACAGAAUGUUGAACUUUUUUGAGGAAUAUUGAAUAUCUGGUGCAGGAAAUGAUGAAUGGAGAUUGUUGAAUAUCUUGUAUGAUAAAUAUUGAACAUGUGAAGAAAGGCUUGAAUAUUCUGUAUGAAAAUGAUGCUGAAGAUUUCAUACAGAGAAUGCCACUUUCAUGUAUGUAAUAUUGAAAAUUUUGUCUAAUGAUUGUCAAACAUCUUGAAUGAUGGAACCUUGUUUGAAUGAUGAUGAACACCGGGUGUUGAACAAAAGUUGUUUGGAAUAGGUAUUUUUUUCAGAAUGUUGAACAUUUUCUUGGAGGGAUGUUGAAAAUCUUACCGUAAAAUUGUUACUUUUGUGGGGAAUUUAUUGUCAUGGAUUUCAUGGGGACUCCAAAUCCUCAAAUUUGAAAAGUCAAUGAAAUGAUUAAUAGAUUUAAGCUGACAUGGAUUAUAGUACUAGUGAAUAAUUCAUUCACGGAAUCAAGUGCCAACAAAAAUGUAUAUUUUUGGAAAACCACGAAAUUAGAGCCCCAUGAAAAUGUAUGAUUUUGCACUCUAUUAAAGAUAGGCUGCAAUAGUUUGAUUACCUCAAAUAAAUUUUAUUGUAAUUUCAUUUUAGAAAUGAAAUUUAAAUUAUGAUUUUGAAAUGAUUAUUACUUUACUUUAAUAAACUUACCUCACAGAUUUUAAAAACAUUUAAUAUUAAUAUAUUCUAUUGACUACUUCACCUUCUAGGACUUUUAUCAACUUCUUUAUUCUGAAAAUCAACUGAAGAAAUAUUUUUGUUGAUUUCACAAGGAAUGGCUGUCCUUUGCCACACUAAGUUGUAUAUAUUGAUUAUGUCCGAGGGUUUCCUUUCUCCCGCCCUGGACACAGUUUUAUAUAAUUUUGCGGAAUUUCUCUACCGCUUCUUUUAUCAUUCAUUUCAUUUUCUUUGUACAAACAGAAUCUGUAAACUUUUAUAACUGGAAGAAUUAAUGGCUAUUUUAUUGCUUGGGGAACCUCUGCUUGUUUUGUAUCCUUUCACUUUCUUGUUUUAUAAGGGUUUUUUGUUGGUUUUUUUUAAUUUUUUGUCUUUUGUUUGCUCUACUUUUCAUUCAAAAUUAUGAGUAUCUGAUGAAGAAUUCUAACUUUUGGGGUAAAACUGGACAAACUAUUGUUGUAGACUUUUUCUGUUAUUUGUAUUCAUGAUUGAUUUGAUUUCUAAGCUCAAUAAAUAUUUUUACUUUAAAAUGACGACAGUUUUAAGAAUCAUAGAAAUAGUUUGUACAAUUCACCUGAUUUUACCAGGGUUUCCUGAUAUUGACGACAUCAUGAUUCGCUCACAUCAUGGAAACUCCUAGGAUCAUGUAAUAUUUCAUAACUUUCAAAUAAAUCAAAAUUUGUUAAUUUUAUUUAAAAACUUACUGAAUAAAAUUAUGUUCUAGAAUAUGCAUUAAAUAUCAUUUAUACAUUUGAAUUCAUAUAUAUGUGAUGUCUGACCAAUAAGGUCUAUAUUGUGUCCUUUAGGAGUCCCUCCCCACUCCCUCCCAGAUCAAAAAAAAAAGAAAAAAUAUCUCUACAUGAUUUUGAUUGAAUUCAAUGAUCAAUGAAUUCUGAAGCAGUGAAGAAAUAUCAUCCAGAAAAAAAACAUCACCUUCUGUUACAACCUCUGACCUGUAUACACAAUGAGGUGAAUGCCACCGCCUUCUUAUUUUAUCUCUGUGCUAGAAACACACACAAAAAAUAAUAAGAUAAAGAUGUGUCUAUCUCCUUUCUUCCUUGCUCAAACCCUGUCUUGAACUUUGACCUUUGUAACCUCAUGUGAAGAUCUGAGGUGCAUGGUGCAAAACUCUAUAAUCUGAUAGUUUCUGUUUCACGGGAAGAUGAGAAAGGUGUCUGUCUAUGCUUUGGUGAUGACUGUUGCAUCCUUAGGAUACUUUACCCUAAUUGCUCUGGAUUGCAAAUGAUGGGUCUCCUAUAUGUUGUUCUGUGAGGUAACAACCAGAUUAUGAUAAAGAGACCUUGCCUCAGAAUUACCCUGAAUGAUUAACCCAGCACCCAAACAACCCUGCCCAUAUUAAAGAUUGAAAAUUGGUUCAAUGGGACAGUGACUUUAAAAGCAUGCUUUAUUUUAUGUUGUCAGCUGUAAUAACACUACACUUAGAUAGAAUUUUUCAUUCUUAAGUAAAAAUUUUUCAAAGUUAUUUCGACUAUUUCUUGUUGUAGAGAUUCUUAAAUAACAUUGAAUGAAAAUCAUAAAAAAUGAAAGUAGCAAAACAAUAAAAUGUUGUACUGUAGAGAUUGCAAUUAUUGGUCUUUAUUCAAAUAAUUUUUAAACAUUAGCCCUUGCCACUAGUUUCCCAUUUCAAAGAGUUGUCAAGGUACUGUUCUGCAAUAUUUGUAGAUAUUAUAUCACUGUGUGAAAGUUUACUAUAUGUAUCUGGUUAUUGUGAGAUAAAAUUGUGAUGAGUGAUAAUUCACCUGGUCAGAAAACAUGAGUACAAAUGAAAUAAAUAAAAUAUUAGUACUGUAUACAAAA